UUGGCCGUCUCACUCAUUCUUACGAGACACAACUCUCAGACUCAACUGUACCUCUGGAAUCUGAGAAACGUGUGGCCAACAACAUGCUGUGCACCUACUGGGGUUUUUUUUUUCAUAAUAAUUUAUUCUAUAUCUGAUUCUUAAGCCAGGUGGCCAGGCCCUUGUUUCUCAAAAUUUUACUUCUACUGUAUUGCACACCGUAAAAUUCUGCACGUGUGGUCCGUCGCUCCCACCAAAGCCGUUGUCUCUUGACAAUGUCAUUCUGAUUUCACCAAAACUCUUUACCUUUACCUUCACCGACCCCUUAGCAUCGUAAAGGCUAUAAAUUUUGCUUUCGCAUUGUGCACUUGUUUGCAAAGUUUGCAACUUUUAUGGCUUUGAAGGCCAAUCCCAUCUGGGGUUAUGCUAAAACUCCACAUUUUCAUGUGGGUUUGCCAGAUUUGGGGCCUAGGCCUUGUGGGUUUGCUUUGGAUUUCAGGGGUUUAAACAAAUGGGAAUGUUCUUGUGUUGGUGUUUUAGCUCAAACUCCACAGAGAGCUAUCACUCCUGUUGAGGAUGAGAAGCCUAGUCAUGAUAUGGAGUCGUCUGGGGCUAUUCAGCGCCCUUUUGACAUGGAGUCAACUGGUUUUCAUAAGGAUAUGAAUCUUCUUCCUAUUGCAGAACCCUUGUCUUCAACUGAACUUUCUUCAUCUUCUUGUGAUGGCUCAAAAGUGCGGGUUGCUUAUCAGGGUAUACCUGGUGCAUAUAGUGAGUCUGCCGCACGGAAAGCAUACCCAAAAUGUGAGACUGUCCCAUGUGAGCAGUUUGAAGCUGCAUUCAAGGCUGUUGAAUUGUGGUUAGUGGAGAAAGCUGUUCUUCCCAUCGAAAAUUCUGUUGGUGGUAGCAUCAACCGCAAUUAUGACUUGCUACUUCGGCAUAGGUUGCAUAUAGUAGGGGAGGUACAGCUGGUAGUAAACCAUUGUCUUCUCGGAUUGCCUGGUGUAAGAAAGGAGGAGCUCAAACGUGUCUUGAGCCAUCCACAGGCACUUGCUCAAUGUGAGAUGACACUAAGCAUGUUAGGUAUUGCGAGAGUAAAUGCCGAUGAUACUGCAGGUGCUGCUCAGCUUGUAUCUGCAAGUGGUGAAAGAGACACUGGAGCAGUUGCAAGUGCUGAAGCUGCUAAAAUCUAUGGUCUUGACAUUCUUGCUGAAAAGAUCCAGGAUGAUGAUGAUAAUAUUACUCGUUUUCUGAUACUAGCUAGAGAGCCUAUAAUUGCAGGAACUGACAGGCCCUACAAGACGAGUAUUGUUUUCACCCUAGAAGAAGGCCCUGGCAUGCUGUUCAAAGCCUUGGCAGUGUUUGCUUUGAGGGACAUUAAUUUAACUAAGAUAGAGAGCCGCCCACAGAGAAAACGUCCCUUAAGGGUUGUUGACGAUUCUAACAAGGGGAGUGCAAAGUAUUUUGACUACCUUUUCUACAUUGACUUUGAAGCAUCUAUGGCUGAAGGGCGAGCCCAACAUGCUUUGGGACAUUUGCAGGAAUUUGCUGGAUUUCUUCGGGUUCUUGGUUGCUAUCCAAUGGAUACAAUUUCAUAGAUGAUAACAAAUUAACGUCCAUUGCUGUACCGUAUAUUUUUUUCUAACCCAACUCAAGCCAGAGGUCGGAAGCUCAAUAGUAAAAGUUGGAAAUAUUCACUUGUCAAAUUUUUUCCCGCCAGAGACUAAACCCAAAAUAAAAUGAGAAAAGAUGAUGAAGAGAUUUGGAGAGGUGAGGUAGGUAGCCAUUUCUCAGGUACGUGAAUGUUUUUGGACUAUCAAGUGUUAUACUUUCUACCGGUGAAUAAUGGUCACUUCCUCAGACUGUAAUAUCAAUACUUUUAUUCAUCAAAUUUAAUCUUCUUUCAUUUGAAAAGAA